CGCCACUAUUUGUUGCCACUAACACCAUCUCUUCCACUCAGUUUUGCAGUUAUUCCCUUCAUUCUCAUCAACAUCUUCACAGAUCGACUCUGUUCCCUCCCACCCAAUUCUCGUUUCUCCGAUCUCCGAUCGUGGCUAGGCUAGGGUUCACACUCUCUUCCUUCUCAUGGUGCCACUCUCCUCGUUCCCUACCCAAAAUCCAAGCGUUGUGGAAAUGCGUCUAUAGCAACUUCGACUAGGGCAUUUCUAAAUUUGGCCACAGAAAUGGCGGAACAUCUUCCAAUCUACCUCUACAUCGUCGCGUUCCUCUGCACAAUUGGAGCUGUUUCUUUGGCUCUGCUGCACAUUUAUAAGCACAUUGUCAAUUACACCGAACCCACUUACCAGCGCUACAUUGUUCGGAUUGUUUUCAUGGUUCCGGUUUAUGCGUUAAUGUCAUUCUUGUCCCUUGUUCUACCUGCGAGUUCAAUCUAUUUUAAUUCCAUCCGAGAAGUUUAUGAAGCUUGGGUCAUUUAUAAUUUCCUAUCACUGUGUCUUGCAUGGGUUGGUGGUCCUGGAGCAGUGGUCCUCAGUUUAAGUGGUCGGGUUCUGAAGCCGUCGUGGUUUCUCAUGACUUGUUGCCUUUCCCCUAUACCGCUAGACGGGCGUUUUAUACGAAAAUGCAAGCAAGGUGGUUUGCAGUUUGUGAUUUUGAAGCCCAUUUUAGUUGCUGUUACACUUAUACUUUAUGUCAAGGGGAAAUAUAAGGAUGGCAAUUUCAGUCCAAAGCAGUCGUACUUGUAUCUUACAAUCAUAUACACAUUCUCAUACACAAUGGCGCUCUAUGCUCUUGCUCUAUUUUAUGUGGCAUGCAAGGAUCUGCUUCAUCCAUUCAAUCCAGUACCAAAGUUUAUCAUUAUAAAAUCUGUUGUAUUCCUGACUUAUUGGCAGGGUGUCUUAGUCUUCCUUGCUGCAAAGUCAAAAUUCAUUAAGGAUGCAGAUGAAGCUGCUAUACUUCAAGAUUUUAUCAUUUGUGUUGAAAUGCUUGUUGCGGCUGUGGGCCACUUUUAUGCAUUUCCAUACAAAGAAUACGCUGGUGCUAACAUAGGUGGUGUAUCUCGUGGCUUCACAGCUAGCCUUGGUCAUGCUUUGAUGUUAAAUGACUUCUACCAUGACACAGUCCACCAGUUUGCACCAACAUAUCAUGAUUACGUUCUCUAUAACCACGGUGAAGGUGAAGAAGGAACAAGGAAGUAUAGGUCACGAACUUUUGUUCCGCUUGGCCCCGAGAUGGAUGCAGUGAGAAGAAAUAAGCAUAUGUUUGAAAACAAGGUGGAUGACAUACAGCUCUCACGUUUCUCUUCUUCUAAUAGCAGCACUCCCUCAAAUUCAGGUCCCAUCUCUGAUGUCUCACAUUCUGAUGCAAUGAAAUCUUCCCUACUUGUGGAUGUGUCAAAUUCUGUAUCUGUGCCGUACGAUCUUACACUUAUAGAUUUAGAUUUAUCUGAUCACCCUGAGAAGGUUCCAGCGGUUGAUAAAGCUGGCACUAGGUGACUAUGAGGAACAUUCAGAGCUAAGCUAAUGGGUAAAUUGUGAUUGCAAAGAGAGAAGUGUAGAGUGAUUAUGAGCCAAAGUUUGAUUUGUUUGAUUCCAGGAAAGCAUUUAAGCUGAUAUGGAGCUCGUGUUUGUAUCAGUGUGUAGCUUAAAAGCCUGAAGCGCUCCCAAGCGACCAAUCCAUGAUGAUUGGUGUUCAAUUUCAUGCUGAAAAUGUCUCCAUUGAUUGUGUUACCGUGUGCACAUUGUAGAUACAGAUUCAUAGGCAUUAUACUUAAAAACAUAACAGAUUCUGAGUGAAUAUAUAUUAGAACUAAAUCAACUUAUUGAUUGAUUUAUCAAUCAGUCUGCAUCACUUUGAAGUUUGAACUAUGAAUAUCACUUUCUGAGAUAUUGUUGUAA